AUGCUCCCGCUGGUACCCCUGAAAGAAGGCAGGCAUCGCGUCGGCAAACGUAUCAUCAUAUACAACCCACAUGCUUUGAAUAUACCUGAAAGAUUAGAGCGAGUACUGAUAUUGGAUGGUAUUGAAUUUCCAGUUGACGGACGUCAAAUGAUUUUGACAUCAACUUAUCUCAGAAGGAUAUUCAUGAAAGGUUACAGAACAGUGAUUGACUUAAAUCACUUGAAAGAAGAACAACCUUGUUUUGAUACGAUCGGUCUGAAAAUUGCCAUUGCAUACGCACAAGGCUGUGUUAAAAUACCUUUCAAUCAAAUUGUAAGUGCAUUAGCUGCUGCAUACGCAUUAGAAAUAAAAAGCAUGCGUUGUGCGAUUAAUGAAGAACUCUGUAGAUUAGCAGCAAAACCGAAAACUGCUCCCUUUGCAAUUGAAUUUGCUUGCCAGAACAUGCGAGAAGACAAAGGCAACUGGGUUGUAAGGCACGCAUUAUUGGUUUUCAAUGAAGUAAUCAAAAGACGUACAUAUUCAGCAAUGAGCGCUAUUGCUUACAGACGCUUAAUUUCACUUUAUCUUCUCGAGUGCUCCCGAACUAUGGACAAAUCAGGAUAUCCAAAUAUUGCAAAAUGGGUAACACAAGGAGUGAUGAACUGGUGCAGUUAUGAUAAUGGGCGUUGCAUGACUACGAUCCAUAUGUUCGAUAAACUUCGUACUUACUGUGAUAAGAAUCUUAUAAGUGAAGUUGAAAAACAGAUUUCUCAGGAAAAUCCUCAAAUCGAUGAUCUUCGACCGAUUUUUAGUGGCAUGCUAAAAGGAAAACUCGAAAAUGUGUCGCAUGAUUAUGGAGUAAGUAAUUAUCGUGCAGCUGCUGGUCGUUCUCAUGUUAAUUAUUCGCGCAAGUCAUCGGAUAGUAGUAUAAAAUCCUUCCAUGAGAUUAAACUUCCGGAAGUAGAACCGGAUGCUGAUGGAGUCCGUCAUUAUAAGUUUAAGAUUGAAUUGCAAACUUCGAAAGAAUUCCUUGCUUCGAGGAAGCCAAAAAUAAUGGAUUUGGAUCUUAAAGCACUUCUGGAAAUCCAUCAUAAAGAACACUAA